UUGACAUAUACAUUCCUGAGGUGGUCGAUUCAACCGGAGAGAGAGAGAAAAUGUCGGGGCAAACGCUCACGGAUCGCAUCGCCGCUGCGCAAUACCAGCUCACGGGAUCAGAUAUGGCCCGGGCUGUCUGCAAAGCCACCACUCACGAAGUGAUGGCGCCCAAGAAAAAGCACCUGGAGUACCUGGUGUCGGCCACCAACACCACCAACGUGAACAUCCCCCAGAUGGCCGACACGCUGUUCGAGCGAGCCACCAAUGCCAGCUGGGUGGUCGUCUUCAAGGCCCUCGUCGCCAGUCAUCACAUGUGUGUCCACGGCAACGAGAGGUUCAUUCAGUACUUGGCUUCCAGGACCUCCCUGUUUAACCUCAGCAACUUUAUCGACAAAACCGGCUCGCACGGCUACGAUAUGUCGACAUUCAUCAGGCGGUAUGGACGAUACCUGAACGAGAAAGCCUUCGCCUACCGCCAGAUGGCUUUUGAUUUCACCAGAGUCAAGAAAGGUGCCGAGGGUGCGAUGAGGACCAUGACCACUGAGAAGCUGUUGAAAGGCAUGCCUGUUCUGCAAACUCAGAUCGACACACUCCUGGAGUUUGACAUUCAUCCCAAGGAGCUUAACAACGGGAUCAUCAACGCUGCGUUCCUGCUUCUCUUCAAGGAUCUGGUCAAACUGUUUGCGUCCUACAACGACGGAGUCAUCAACCUAUUAGAGAAAUACUUCAAGAUGAAGAAGAGUGACUGCAAGGAGGCUUUGGAGAUCUACAAGAGGUUCCUGACCAGGGUGGCGAAGAUCGGGGAAUUCAUGAAGCUGGCCGAGACAAUCGGAGUUGAGAAAAACGACAUUCCUGACAUCAACUUCGCUCCCAGCAGUAUCCUGGAGAGUCUGGAAACACACAUGAACGGUUUGGAAGACGUCAAGGGUGGAAAGAAGGGUGAAGGGUCUCCAACAAAGGGGUCUCCGACGAACAAUGUGUCUCCGACAUCGACUCCGGCCAAAUCUUCUAACGCUGUUCCAGCGCUGCAGCCUCCUCCUGGGGAGGGCGCUGCCGCCGCUGCCGCCGCCGCCACCGCCGCCGCUGCUGAGCCGGUUGAAGAUUCCUUGUUGGACCUGGAUCCUCUGUCCUCCUCGGGUCCCUCAAGACCAUCAGCUGCCCCCACAUCUUGGGGAGAUCUUCUUGGAUCAGAAAUGGGCGAUUCCUUGCUCUCUGAACCCACCCUCACGGCAGAGGCAGCCCCCUCCUCUGCAGCAGCAGCAACGCCCACUCCUGCAGCGGCAGAACCUGGAGUCUCUCUAGCUCCUCCCACUAGCACAGCAGCCGCCACCACCCCUGGCGCCGCCAAUAUGGAUCUGUUGGGAGACGCCUUUUCAACACCUGUUCCUGCCGCAGAGGCCUCUGCAGCGGCCGCUGAAGGCGGGGCCGCCACCGCCGCCCCCGCUGCCAACGCCGGAGCUGAGUCCACAGGAGGAGACGCCACAGCUGCUGCUGCUGCUCCGGCUGCGCCCGGUGCUGAGCUCAUGUCAGUAUUUGAUGGACUAGGGGAUGUAAUGAAGCCCACUUUGACCCCUCAGGCGGGGGAUGUUGACACUUCCAUGGCCAACAUGGCAAGUAAUCUCUCGAUGGGAAACCCAGCGGCACCUCAGGUAGCUCCCCCCUGUUGGGGCGCUCCCAUGGCCGGGGCACCAGGAGCUCCCAUGAUGCAGAUGGCGAGGCCAAGCUUCCCUUCCACCGGAGCGACCCCUGGAGCGCCGAUGUCUCCCGGGGCGGCCCAGAGCCCCAGGAAGCCACCACCACCGAGGAACGCCCUGGACGACCUCAACAUUAAGGACUUCAUGUAGACGGACGGACCUGGAAAGCCCCCAAGGUUUGUCAUUGUGUCUGGAGCUCUGUGGAUGUGGAUGGCUGCACUUGCCCCACUGCCUUCCCCCUCAUGCCCCAGCCUCCUCAGCCAACCAGCCAUUGCAUCCCCACGAUAUUUGCCCUCUCUGACCUCGUACCAGCCGCGACCCCUAAACCCCCCCCCCCCUCCGCUCUGCCCCCCUCUUAUCUAAUGUUGUAGCACAACUGUGAAUGUGAACCCUAGAUACCGAGAAAAACAAAAACUCUGUUUAUGUGUGCGUGGGUGUGUGUGUAAUUCAGUGUUAACCUUUACUUAAUAUACUAUGAAAAAAAUUAACAAAAAAAUAAUAAUAAAUGUGUAUUUAGAUUCAUUCUGGUUUAUCGCAUAUCAGCUGACUUGGAAUGGUGGAUAAAUGUUGGUUUCUUUGCGCAUCUCCCAGACGAAGACUGUGUUGUUAAAUGUGGACUGUGUUCGGUGUGUGUAACUUCACUGGCCAACCCCCACUCCUCCACCCCUGUGUCCGGACUAAUACUGAGCUAUGUUUAUGUCAUUAAAAACUUGGUUGUACCUAUAUCUGCCCGGCCAUUCAUCCUCCCACCUGUCUACAGUUCCAACUGUACCUGAAAACAACUUGCACUGCAAAUCUGGAUUUGUCAUCGAACACAUGACCCUGUGUUCAGUUUAACUUUUUUUAAUUACUUUUUUCUUUCUUUUUUUUUCUCUUCAUUUCUUUUGGGGGGGGGGGGGGGGGGUCGUACGAAACAUGCAAAACAUUUGUCAACUAUGUUCAAAUUGACUUAUGCAUUUUAGACCAUUUCAAAUGAUAGAUUAUACAUAUUUUCUUUAAUCUUUAUUUUGAAAGAAGAAGAAAAAAUUAUCAUAUAUUUUCUAGUUAUGUCAAAAUAUAUGGUUGAAAAUAAGGCAAGUAGACAACAAAAUAAUAAUUCCCGCCUUCUUUGUACAUACCUCUUAAUCUGUAAUCAGAGGCUGUGUUGAAUGGAAACUUUGCCCCUGUUGCGCCCUCAGCUGGUGUGGAGUGGUACUGCAUCGUAGCAUGCAACGCAGGUCAAUCUAGGAGGCAUUCUAAUACUCAGAGGACUCCUUUCCUGGUCUCGGUCUCCACACAAGAUGACUAAAUGUUAGGGUGGGAAUCAAAGGGACGAGGAGGCAGUUGUGUAUGUGGUUGGGAUGUGGCGUCAGUCCUCGGGUUGGUUCAUGUACUGCCACUGGAAGUCUUGAGGAUGUCACUGUAAAGCACUCGAGUAUACGCUGGAUGUUUUGUGUGUUGUUUAUUUCCAAAAGUGACUGUAUCUUAAUCCAUUGUGGCAUUAACGAAGUGUUGAAAGAAAAAUAAAGACUACGACACAAAAAAAAGAAUGUGGAUAAGUAAUGUUUGCUAAGUAUUCAAAUGAAGGCUGUGUUGGUUUUUUGUUGUUUUUGGAGGUUAUUUAUGGACGGCAUCGUUCUUUCUUCCUCACCCCCACCUGCAUGUGAGUCCAAAUGAGAUGCAAUAAAAGACAAAUACACUGAUCCAAACUAC